CGAAUCAGUUCGGGUUCGCCUGGUACUUUCGGCCGCCGGUCAAGCGUAGAGCCAGAGAACGACGCAGGCGAGGAGGAAGAGGAGGGAUGGUGACCUCGUCGGUGGUGAACACGUACCCCCUCUCGAACUACACGUUCGGGACGAAGGAGCCCAAGAUGGAGAAGGACACCUCCGUCGCCGAUCGCCUCGCCCGCAUGAAGGUCAACUAUAUGAAAGAAGGUAUGCGGACAAGUGUUGAAGGAAUUUUACUGGUCCAGGAGCACAAUCAUCCGCACAUACUGUUACUGCAAAUAGGCAAUACUUUCUGUAAGCUUCCUGGUGGACGUCUAAAGCCUGGGGAGAAUGAAAUAGAGGGUCUGAAACGAAAGCUUUGUAGCAAACUUGCUGCAAAUUCACCUUCCUUUCUGCCGAAUUGGCAGAUCGGUGAAUGUGUUGCUACCUGGUGGAGGCCGAACUUUGAAACAGUAAUGUACCCAUACUGCCCUCCUCAUAUAACUAAGCCCAAGGAAUGUAAGAAACUUUUCCUUGUGCACCUGUCAGAAAGAGAAUAUUUUGCUGUUCCCAAAAACUUGAAGUUGCUUGCGGUUCCAUUAUUUGAACUAUAUGACAAUGUUCAGAGAUAUGGCCCCGUUAUAUCAACAAUUCCACAACAGUUGUCGAGGUUCCAGUUCAACAUGGUUACAUCAUGAAACUGAUGAAGCUAAUCUUGAUGACCUCCAAGGAAAUUCAAUGGUAGGAACUUGCUUAGCUACUAAUUUGAAGCAUUCGAUCUUGUUGGAUACUCGGUUAUCUUAGUUAGUACUUCAAAAUUGUAUGGUCCUAAUAAGUUACCAGCAACUCCUAUUUUUUUCAUAUUAAGUGGGUUGCAGAAUCAAGAAAAGGUUUUUUC